GCAUCGACCUGAUCACCGAACGUGUAACAACACUUUCAGGUAACCAUCCGCGGUUAAAGUAAAUAGCGCGAUUAAUAUGCGUUUAUACACGAUUAAUGCGAUAUUUUUCUGAUGAAUUAAGGGCGUGUGUGUGUGUGAGUCACACACACACACAAAAACAGAAACACACACACAUUCAAACGUCACAUUGAGGACUAUAGAGGGAGCGUGUCCCAUCCUCAGUGCGUCUCGGAGCCAGUUGUGACCGCCAUGGAGAACUUCAUGUGCGUCCUGUUGCUUUGUUUCGUCCUUCUUCCAAAAGUCGACUCCGUCCAAGAAACGUUACCGAGAGACAAGUGGUGCGCGCACGUCGUGCUCAAGACGGUGGGAAACUUAGAAACUUUCUUCCAGCCUCAACUUCUACCUUGUUCUCCUAACUGUGCGCCACAACUCUUAUAUCGCACACACCUGAUGCCCACAUACAAGAUGGUCUACAAGACCGUGACGCAGCUGGAGUGGAGAUGCUGCCCGGGCUACCAGGGACACAACUGCAUGGAGGUAAAAAGCGGGGAGCGUGUGGAGCGUCUGCCUCAGGCGGCCGUCCCCUCUGGACACUUUCCAGCAUCGCAAGAAGAACAGACCGACAACCAGAAGACGCAUCCGUGGCAAGGUCAGACGAGCGUACCGCGAGGUCAUGGCGACGCACAGCACCUGGAAGAAGAGGUGCAGCGACUGUCCCAAAUAGUGCUGGACAUGCAGGCCAGAAUAACGGACAUGUCCUCCAACCUGAGACUGGACUUUCAAGAAGAUGCCAGCAAAAUGCUGCACACAAUGCUGGACCAGUUCAGGCAGCCCUCCAGUGUGCGGGGUCCAGAGACGGAAACCAUGGACUUCCCCCCGGAGAUCCAUCAACGGGCAACAACGAACAAGCUUUUCGACAAGAUCAACCAGCUGGAAGAUGAAAUGAAGAACAGGAGCAGCACUUUCAGCCAUCUGGAAGAACGUGUUGACCAACAUGACGGCCAAAUUCACCUUCUGACCAAAGUCUGCAAGUCCUGCGACCCUUCUGCGGCACUGUCCUCAGGUGCUGCUGACCUGCGGGCCUACGUGGAUGAGAACAUCCGUGCCCUGAGGAAAGAGAUGAUGGAAGGCUUAGACAUUAAACUGGCUGACCUGAAGAACUCGUGCGACUAUAAAAUAAUGUCCGUUCAGGACCUGUGUGACAGCCAGGAAGACCACUACCUCAGCCUGACUGAGCUCAUGGACUCUAAGGAAAGCGAUCUCCGUAACCAAAUCCAGGACCUAAGGACCAAGCUGGCGGAGUGUGGAAAUAAAACCGGAGCUCCCCGGGAAAAUACAAGGGAACUCGUGAACUCAUCUGUGGUAGAGCAGAACCUGAAACUAAAACAAGCAGAAGCCAUCAAAGACCUGAGAAAGAGUCUGGAGGACAAGCUGGUGUCAAUGGAGGACAGAUUCUCCAACCUUCAGUCUGGACUUCAGACAGACCGUCUGGAUGUUGUCCAAGAAGAAGUGAACACUCUCAGGGGAUCUUUUCAGUCUUUGCUGGACAGAGUGAACGCGUUGGAUCGGAUCUGCUCGGUUGAGGGAAAGAACAAAAGUCACCAGUCCUCCAAUACCGUUCUGCAUGCUUUGGAGAACAAAGUAACCGGUGUUGAGGGUCAUCUUCUCAACUGCAGCGCCAACGUGGAGAGCAUACGAGGCGAUCUUCGCGCCGUUCAAGGUCAAGUAGGCAAGCUGGAGGACUCACUGUCCAACGUGGUCUACGAGCAGAGCUUCAUCUCCGCCAAGGUCAUGGGCGCCUCGACUUUGACGACAGAUGUUCAUGUUGAUGUCACGGAUGCAGGACCAUCCAGGAGUUCUCCUACAAGCUCCCCAGAGGCUCCUCCCCCUGUAGACACACCCCUGCAAAUGCCUUUGACGGAGAGUGGUGAGGCCGGCCCCCCGGCGACAAGGACCGUGUCCAGGGUGCCAACGCCGGGCUUCGCUGUCGCUCCAGGAGACAAGAUGGCUUUCUCAGUCGGGCUGACACGAACACCUGUUCAAGGAGAGGAUGGGGUGCUCCGGUUCAACCAGGUGCUGGUCAACGAUGGAGGACACUACGAUCCGAGCACAGAUCAUCUUCAAGCCGCUUUCUGACAGUCACUUCAGGAUGGGCUGUUUUAUGGGCGGUCUUAUGUACGUGGCUCACCUUUGUCAGCGUCAUCUCCCCGUCAUCUUUGUUGUAGCGGUGUGGCGUGCAAGGACGGGAGUGUAAGAAGUGUCAAAAGAUGGCGCUAACUGUUUUAAUGACAUUCAGACUUUAUUUCAAUCAAUCACGGAGCAGAAUCUCCUCAUCCGGAAACAAGGCUGAAAAUGUGUCCCGUGAAAAAACGUCCGACCGGAACUCUCUAAUAACUUAAAGGGGAACAUUAUCACAAUUUAAAAAGGGUUAAAAACAAUAAAAAUCAGUUCCAAGUGGCUUGUUUUAUUUUUCGAAGUUUUUUUUAAAAAUUUCACACCUCCCGGAAUAUCCCUAAAAAAGCUUUAAGGUUCUUGAUUUUCGCUAUUUGCGACGCGACUGUCCAUUUCCCUGUGACGUCAUACAGUGCUGCCAAUACAAACAACAUGGCGGUUACCACAGCAAGAUAUAGCGACAUUAGCUCGGAUUCAGACUCGAAUUUCAGCAGUUUAAGCGAUUCAACAGAUUACGCAUGUAUUGAAACAGAUGGUUGGAGUAUGGAGGCAGAUAGCGAAAACAAAAUUGAAGAAGAAAUUGAAGCUAUUGAGCGAAUAGCUGUUGACGCUAUUCGGCCAUAGCAUGGGUGUACCUAAUGAAGUGGCCCAUAGCAUGGCUGCCUUAUUAGCAUCACCGGUAAAAUGUGCGGACCAAACGAUCAGGACUUUCGCAUCUUAUGACACUAGAGCAACUUAAAUCAGUCGAUUGGUAAGUGUUUGUUUCGCAUUAAUGUGGGUAUCUAGUUUCAAAUGUACAUACAGUUAGCGUAAAUAGCAUGUUAGCAUCGAUUAGCAUAGCAUGUUAGCAUCGAUUAGCUGGCAGUCAUGCUGCGACCAAAUAUGUCUGAUUAGCACAUAAGUCAACAACAUCAACAAAACUCACCUUUGUGAUUUCGUUGACUUAAUCGUUGCAAAUGCAUCUGCACGUUAUCCAUACAUCUCUGUGCCAUGUCUGUCUUAGCAUCGCCGGUAAAAUGUGGAGACACUCUGGCACAUUCAAUGGGGGUCUGGCGGAAGAUUUCUUGCCAGUGGUGCAACUUGAAUCCCUCCAUGUUAGUGUUGUUACACCCUCCGACAACACACCGACGAGGCAUGAUGUCUCCAAGGUUCCAAAAAAUAGUCGAAAAAACUGAAAAUACCAGAGCUGAGACCCGGUGUUUAUAAUGUGAAAAUGAAAAUGGCGGGUGUAUUACCUCGGUGACGUCACGUUCUGACGUCAUCGCCACAAGACCGAUAAACAGAAAGGCGUUUGAUUCGCCAAAAUUCACCCAUUUAGAGUUCGGAAAUCGGUUAAAAAAACACAUGGUCCUUUUUCUGCAACAUCAAGGUAUAUAUUGACGCUUGCAUAGGUUUGGUGAUAAUGUUACCCUUUAAGUUCCUUGGGUGAAUCAUGUAAACUCACUACACUGGUAUGUUUUAGCGCUUCCAUGGUGAGUUUACAGACGGAUAUAAGUAAGAACUUUACACUACUUUAUAUUAGAAAUGGCAACAGUGGAGGAUGAAUGUCCCAUAACAAGAAAAUAGAGAAAAACAAGAAGCUUAACGUCUACAAGGUCGGCACAUACUACAAAGGCGGACCCGCGCAAGUUUUCAGGAUUUAUGCAGA